GGGCCUUUCCUAUCCCUGCGUCUUGUCUCUUGAUUGAAUACGGUGAGAAAGGUUGGAAGGCUUCAUAUUGCUUAGAGAACUCCCAACUACAACUCCUUUUUUGGUAUGGUCAUUCAUAUUUGCCUGUUAUUCUUGUUUGCUUUCAGCAGUUUUCUUUUGAAAAUGACUUUCUAUUACUAAGCCCAGAGAGAACUUGGUAUUUAUAAUAUAAUACUAGUUUAGCAUUGAAGAGCCCUUCCUUUUGCCCUGCAACAUAAUAUACGGCUGUGUCAUGUUUAUUUACUAGGAUUUUACUGGUAGUUAUAUUGGAUACUGCCCCUGGAUAUUUGAAUUGCCAGAAGCAGACCAUGUUAGCACCUGAGUGUUCGUUCGCCUUGUUUCUAAGGUAUCAAAUUCUCUUAAUUAAAUUAUUUUUGACAUUUUCUUUGAUUCCUUACUUUACACCAUCGAGAUCUAACAACUGGAAAUUUGAGUGAAUUUUGAGAACAUGUAAAUUUAUUCUUUUUCAAUCAAUUAUUGUGUGUAUGAGUUGCUCAAAGUGUUGUGCUUAAUCAUAAAAUUCUGCUUUCGAUGGACGGGAUUUUGAGAAGGCUGCAGUUCAAGAGCAAGGUAAGACAAAAUUUACGUAACAGUUUCAAGGAAUUUGGUGCUAUCAUUUGAAUGUUUUAUCAGGUUAUCUAUGCAUUCAGCUGGUGAUAGUUUCCAUUCCUAUGCUGCCAUCAUUUAUAUGCUUUGGAUUGUGGUGUUCCUCGAUUUCCUUCCCCAUAUCAUGGUAUGAUUAGGACACCCUUUCCUCCACGGCCACCUGGUGCUAUGGGCAUGGUUCCAGCUAUGCCACGGCCUCCUGUUCCUGGGAUUCCUGGUGUUCGUCUAAUGAUCCCUCCUGUGGUUAGGCCUGCUGUUCUCCCAAGCGUUACACCAGCCGAGAAACCACAAACUACGAUUUACAUUGGCCGAAUUGCACAAUCAGUGGGAAAUGAUUUCAUGCUGUCCCUUCUUCAGCUAUGUGGACCAGUGAAGAGCUGGAAACGAGCCCAAGAUCCUACGGAUGGAACUCCUAGAACUUUUGGAUUCUGCGAGUUUGAGUCUGCUGAAGGCGUUCUUCGUGCUCUACGAUUACUGACAAAGUUAAACAUUGAUGGACAAGAACUCGUGCUGAAAGGUACUCAGGCAACAAGAGAUUAUCUUAAGCGUUAUGUUGAGAAGAAAGCUGAGAACUCAAAGAAACAGGAAGAAACACAACUUUCAGAGACUAAGGUCGAAGAAACAGACACAGCAAAUGUGGCUAAAAAUGAAACUUCAAAGCCCCCUGCGGAGGAUUCAAAGGAGGAUCAGGAUUCAGGAGAAAAAGAAGAUCAUUACAUUGCCUGUUCUGCAGUUUUAAGUGAUGAAGAUAGAGAUGCUGAUCGAGAGGUAUCGGAAAAACUUACAAAUGCACUGGAGGAGAGGUUGAAGUCUAGACCUCUGCCACCACCUCCUCUACUGACAGCCACUGAUGUCUCUGGUAAUUCAAGUGCAGAACCAUCUGUUAAAAUGAAAGAUGGUGAAGCUGUCUCUGAUAUUUUGAAAAGUGAUGCAGCUGAGGAUAGAAAUGAUGAUGACACAACUAGUGACAAUAAACUAACUAGUGAGCAUGACAAGCCUGAAACAAGCUCACCUGACAGAAGUAGAAGGUAUGACAGGAGAAGUCGAGAACGAGACAGGGAGAGGGAUCUGAAAAGGGACAAGGAGCGGGAAAUUGAGAGAUAUGAACGAGAGACAGAGCGGGAGCGAGCUAGGAAAGAGAGGGAACAAAGAAGAAAGUUUGAGGAGUCUGAGCGACAGUAUGAAGAAUGUCUUAAAGAAUGGGAAUAUCGAGAAAGAGAGAGAGAAAAGCAAAGACAGUAUGAGAAGGAGAGGGAGAAAGAGAAAGAGCGUAAAAGGAAGAAGGAGAUAUUGUAUGAUGAAGAUGAUGAGGAUGAUGAUUCUAGAAGAAAAUGGCGGCGAGGUGCUCUCGAGGAAAAGAGGAAGAAGAGGUCUAGAGAAAAGGAAGAUGAUUCGGUAGAUAGACAGAAAGAGGAAGAAGAAAUUGCUGAGGCCAAGAGGAAGGCUGAGGAGGAACAGCAGCUGAAACAGAAAGAUCUACUGAACACUCAAUCUGGUCAGAUGACGAGUGUUGAUGAGAAAACUGUUCUUGCUGAAGAAUCUGCUAAUGAGGUUGAGGUUAUGGAUUCUGAACGUGAUCCUGAGCUUGAUUCUAGCUGUGAUAACUAUACAGGGGAUGGGAUCUUACAAAAUGGUAGUGGUGAUGAAUUAAAUACGACUCGACAGAGUGGAGGCUUGCCUGCGAAAAGAUUAGGAUUUGGUUUAGUGGGAUCUGGAAAACGGACUGCUGUACCUUCCGUCUUUCAUGAGGAGGAGGAUGAAGCACAGAAAGAGAAGAAGAUGAGGCCACUGGUUCCAAUUGAUUACUCAGCUGAGGAACUCCAGGCUGUGCAACCUGCCAGUACUGGGGCUUUGCCGCCAAAUUUAGCUGCAGCAGCGGAAUUUGCAAAACGUAUAUCAAAUGUUAAUUCCAAAGAGGAGAAGCCUGACAGUGAAAGGGAGCGAGGAAGGCGUUCCAGUGAAAAGUCUAGUCGGGAUAGAGACCGAAAUGAUGAGGAGGCGUAUCGCAACAAAGAUGAGAACAAGGCAAUAGACAGAGACAGGGAGCGAGAGCAUGUUUUGGAAAAAGUAAAAAUACCUGAUAACAAAAAGCUUUUGGACGCAAAACAGUUGAUCGAUAUGAUACCAAAGACGAAGGAGGAGUUAUUCUCAUAUGACAUAAACUGGACUAUUUACGAAAAGCAUGCACUACACGAGAGAAUGAGACCCUGGAUUUCAAAAAAGAUAACAGAGUUUUUGGGGGAGGAGGAAACUACUCUUGUCGAUUACAUUGUUUCAAGUACUCAGGAACACGUAAAGGCAUCCCAAAUGCUGGAGCUGCUUCAGUCAAUUUUGGAUGAAGAAGCUGAAAUGUUUGUUCUGAAGAUGUGGAGAAUGCUGAUCUUCGAAAUAAAAAAGGUAGAAACUGGUCUAGCUUUCAGAACAAAAGCAUGAGUUUAUAGUUUAGUUUUCAAAAUGUGUCUUGACUGUCAUUGGUGCUUCCCCUAUACCAAUAUUUUCCACGGCUCUGAACUUUCAGGCCAUUUCCUUAGGGUGAACGGAUGCGAUCGCACUGUAUGCGUUAGGUUCAUUCUUUCUAGUACUUAAAACUUGUUUCAUUAGAGCUUGCACUUGUAGCUUAAAAAAAAGAAAGAAAUUUGAAUCAGCCAUUUUUAGUUCA